AUGUCCUUCUUGAAGAAUUUACUAUUUGGUGGUGUCAAAACUAGCGAAGAUCCCACCGGGAUUACAGAUAGUGGCAGUGGUAAUGCCAAAGCGUCACAGGACGUAAACGAGCCGAUUGUUGAAGGUAGGUUCACUCCCAGGACAUUGUCUAAGUUUAACGGCCAUGAUGAUGAAAAGAUCUUUAUAGCUAUUAGAGGAAAAGUGUAUGAUUGUACCGCUGGUCGUCAAUUUUAUGGCCCUAGUGGACCAUACUCUAAUUUUGCAGGUCAUGAUGCCUCUCGUGGUCUUGCGCUUAACUCUUUUGAAAUGGAAGUAGUACCUGACUGGGAUAAGCCAAUGGAUGAUCUGAAAGAUCUCACUCCUCAGCAGAUUGAUUCGCUGAAUGAAUGGGAACAGCACUUUGCCAAUAAAUAUCCUGUUGUAGGAACUUUGGAAGCUGAGCCAGGUGUCAAUGUUUAG